AUGUCGUUCAUCGAGACCAUUGAGACCAAGUCAAACGACAGCAUUAGCGAUUGUAACAGCGAAGAGCUCGAUACCCUGUUAAGCGAAAUCUCCAGACCGAAGUCUAAAGCGGCGAUGGAUUCUGGCGAGUUAGUGAAAGGGUCCAACGAGUUCGUGAAAGGGUUUAACGGGUUGGUGAAAGGGCCCAGCGGGUUGGUGAAAGGGCCCAGCGGGUUGGUGAAAGGGCCCAACGAGUUGAUGAACUCUCCUAUCGCUUUGACAGUUCGGAAAAGGUGCGCUGAUGAUAAAUCAAGUUACCAAGAAACCAACUCAUCUUCGAACGAUUGCACUAUACCCUUUAAGAUUGUUAACAGUACGAAGAGAAAAGGUCGUCCAAAAAUCCGGAAGAAGCAACAACGAGAAGCAAAACGCAUUCGUAUGGAAUUAUCCACGAGGCAGGCGAACGCGUUGGUUCAAGGGACGCUUGUACCAGUAAAGGAUCUCAGUCUGGUGCGAACAACUCUCGAGUGCAGCUUCAACGUAACCGACGCGCUUCCUGUCCUACAUAGCAUCACUGAAGUUGAUGCAUCGGCGUGGAAGUCAACCCGGAUCGUGCAAAUAGCACGGAAAAAGAAAGUUCUGCGUCAGGUCGCGAUUGUGUUCCGAAAAACUAUAUUACGAAAUGUCUCGCUGGAAUAA